GUGACACCUCUUUUUACCUGAGCGGAGGCGACAGAGCAGCUCAGACAUGAAGAUCCACAAGUUUUUAUCCAUAACCGUGCUGGGGCUGCUGCUGUGGGCCUCCUGCAUCCAGGCCCAAGAGGACACAACAGAGGAGACAACAGAGGAGACAACAGAAGAUGCUGAGGAAACCACAGAGCCGCCAAAGAAGGAGAAAACAACAGAGAUAGAGGAGGAGAAAGACGUCAUGGUUCUGCACAUCAACAACUUUGAGAGAGCGCUCAGCGAGAAUCAGUAUCUGCUGGUUGAGUUCUAUGCUCCCUGGUGUGGCCACUGCAGGGAGCUGGAGCCCAUUUACGCCGAAGCUGCAGAGAAGCUAAAGAAGGAGGAACCGCCUCUUCGUCUGGCCAAAGUGGACGCCAUCGAGGAGAAGGAGAUCGCUGAUGAAUUUGAUGUCGGAAGCUUCCCGACUAUGAAACUGUUUCUCAACGGAGACCGGAAGCAGCCUGUUGACUUCACUGGUAAGAGGACAGUAGUGGGAAUCAUGCAAUGGAUGAAGCGUCGUACGGGUCCUGGAGCUCCGGAUCUGGACUCUGUAGACGCUGCUGCUCAGUUCAUCGACUCCCACAACAUCACCGUCGUAGGAUUCUUUGACAGUCUGGAUGGCGAUGCGGCCAAAGCAUUCAGGGAGGUCACUUUGGAAAUGGCCGAUACAGAGUUCGCCCUCACAGCCACUCCAGAUGUUUUCCAGAAGUACGAGGUGAAAGGCAGCUCAGUGGUGCUUUUCAAGAAGUUUGAUGACGGCAGGGCAGACUUCACAUUGUCAGAAGAUGGGACUCUGGACAAAAGCAACGUGACCACCUUCAUUAAACAAAACAGUCUGGAGCUGAUGAUCCCUUUCAGCCAGGAGACAGCAGAAAAGAUUUUUACCUCCAGCAUCCACCUGCACAGCCUGCUGUUCAUCAACUCUUCUGUGGAGAGUCAGAAGGCCUUGGUGGACGAGUCCAGGACUGUAGCCAAAGCGUACAAGGGCAAGAUGCUGUUCAUUAAGAUUGACGUAACUGAAGCCCUGUCACAUGUGCUGAACUACUUCGGCGUGUCGGAGAAGGAUGCCCCCACUGCACGCAUCAUCGAUAUGGACUCAGGGAAGAAGUUCAGCAUCGCAUCUGGGGAUCUGACAGUAAAGUCAUUGCAACAGUUAUGCCAAGAGGUGGUGGAAGGCUCUGCCAAGCCCUACUAUCGGUCAGAAGAUGUCCCGGAGGACUGGGACAAAGGACCAGUUAAAGUCCUGGUGGGAAAGAACUUCGAGUCUGUUGCUCUGGACCCAACCAAAAAUGUAUUUGUGGAGUUUUAUGCUCCAUGGUGUGGACACUGCAAGAACUUGGCUCCCAUCUGGGAAGAGCUGGGUGAGAAAUACGCCGACCACGAAGACAUCAUCAUAGCCAAGAUGGACGCCACAGCCAACGAGGUGGAGUCUCUUAAGGUUGAUGGAUUUCCAACAAUCAAGUAUUUCCCAGCUGGUGACAAAGAGGUGAUUGAAUACAAAGGACAAAGGGAUUUGGAGACAUUUUCUAAGUUCCUGGAUGGCGGUGGAGUGUUACCUGAGGAGAAGAGUGAUGAGGAUGAAGAUAGUGAAGAAGAUGAUGACGAUGAUAGUGAGGAAGUUGAUGAGUCUGACAAAGUAUCUGCCAACGACACUUCCAAAGAUGAACUGUGAUGUCAUUUACCAGCCAAUCAGGAUCAACCUAGUGUCUUCCAAUUUUCUUAAUAAAACUGAUACAGGUUUAAAA